GCGGCUCGGUGCGGCCUUGGCUCUCGCGGGGUUUCACCCGCCCUGAGCGGCAGAGGCGGCGGCCGGGCGGGGAGCUGAGGUACAAAGCGGCCGCCCGAGCUCUCCCGCUGCCCCUGCGGGCUUGGGGAGGCGGCGGCGGCGGCCGCGGCGCGUCCUGAGGCAGGCGAGCGCCGGUCCCGCUGGCGGGCGGGGGGACGGGGACGGCGUCUCCGUCUUGUUGUGCCGUUGCCGGGUAACCGGAGGCUGGAAAGCUGCUCCUCCGUCUCGCUUUGCCCCGUAGGAGCGCGCAGGAUGGACGAAGCCGCGGGGGAUUUGAAGCAAGCCCUGCCGAACGUGCCUGACAGCGUUCAGAUACACGUGGAAGUUCACCAGAAAUCAAGCAGUGCGGCCAAGAAGGAAGACGUCAGGGUGAACGUCUUAAAGCUCUUGAGCAGACACAACAUUGUGUUUGGUGAUUACAAGUGGACAGAGUUUGAUGAUGGUUUCCUGAACAGCAACGUGCAGUCCGUGUCGAUUGUGGAUACGGAGCUGAAGCUGAAGGACAGACAGCCUAUUGACUUGAGCAAAAGCAAUCUUUCCCUUCAUAUUUUUCAUCUGAAUGAAGAAGGACCAAGCUCUGAAAACCUGGAAGAAGAGAAUGAGGAUAUCAUUGCAGCCAGCCACUGGGUGCUACCAGCAGCUGAAUUCCACGGCCUUUGGGAAAGUCUUGUGUAUGACACUGAAGUAAAGUCACACUUACUUGAUUAUGUGACGACAACGUUACUAUUUUCUGACAGAAAUGUUGACAGCAACCUGAUAGCGUGGAACAGAGUUGUCUUGCUGCAUGGCCCUCCUGGAACUGGGAAAACCUCCCUGUGUAAAGCACUGGCUCAGAAGCUGACAAUUCGACUGUCGUACAGGUACAGGUAUGGACAGUUAAUUGAGAUAAACAGCCAUAGCCUUUUCUCUAAAUGGUUUUCUGAGAGUGGCAAGCUUGUAACCAAGAUGUUCCAGAAGAUUCAAGAGUUAAUUGAUGACAAGGAUGCUCUUGUGUUUGUACUGAUCGAUGAGGUAGAAAGCCUGACAGCAGCCCGCAGUGCCUUCAAGGCAGGCACAGAGCCCUCGGAUGCGAUCCGUGUGGUGAAUGCUGUACUGACACAAAUAGACCGGAUCAAAAGGUAUCCUAACGUAGUUAUCCUGACUACUUCCAAUAUUACGGAGAAAAUUGACAUGGCUUUUGUAGACAGGGCUGACAUAAAGCAGUACAUUGGACCUCCAUCCAUUGCAGCAAUAUUUAGAAUAUAUCUGUCUUGCUUGGAAGAACUGAUGAAGUGUCAAAUAAUAUAUCCUCGCCAGCAGCUGCUGACACUCAGAGAACUGGAGAUGAUAGGCUUUGUGGAAAACAAUGUGUCAAGGUUAAGCCUUGUACUGAAAGAAAUCUCAAGAAGGAGUGAAGGUCUUAGUGGCCGGGUCCUGAGAAAGCUGCCUUUCCUAGCACACGCACUUUAUAUUCAAUCCCCCAAUGUUACAAUGACAACGUUUCUUCAGGCUCUUUCACUUGCAGUAGACAAACAGUUUGAAGAAAGGAAGAAGCUUUCAGACUCUGUGUGAUACUCCACACCUGUGGGAUGGACUGCCAGCGCCUCAGAAAACCUGGAAUGCCUCAUCUAGUUUUUCAAACCAUUUAUUAAUAAACAGUUAAGAAGUUU